UUAAGAGUGCUUUACAAGGGAGACUCACUUCUUUUUGCCUCAACCUUUCCAUGCUGACGGGAUGUUACGGGCUUUGCUGCUUAUACUUUCUGUAGUUGCCAUUGCUCAUGCUGAGCUCUGCAAACCAGAUGCACAGAAUGCUUUCAAAGUACGGAUUAGUAUCAAAACAGCUUUGGGAGAUAAUGCAUAUGCCUGGGAUGCUAAUGAAGAGUACCUCUUCAAAGCAAUGGUGGCUUUUGCAAUGAGAAGAUAUUCCAGCAAGAGCACAACUCAAAUUUCCAAUGUGCUGCUCUGCAAUGUGACAGACCGGGUGUCCUUUUGGUUUGUGGUCACAGACUCUUCCAAAAAUGUGACAACUGUUCCUGGAAGUGAGGUAGAGGCAGCCAUCAGGAUGAACCGGAACAGAAUCAACAAUGCCUUCCUACUGAGUGACAAAACGCUGCAGUUCCUGAAGAUAACCUCAACCUUAUCACCUCCUGUGGAACCCUCUACACCUGUCUGGCUUAUUGUAUUUGGUGUUGUUCUUUGUCUCAUUUUGGCUGGGAUUGUUUUCCUCAUUGUUUCAGGGAUUCAGAAACACAAGAAAAAGAAUAAAGAGUCAACAGAGAGAGAAAAUUUAGAAGAGAAAGUUGAAGUGACACUAGAAAAUGGGAUUCCUUGUGAAGCACUGGAUUUAAAAGCAGGCCACAUUAAUGGAGUCUUUGCAGCAGAUGAUGACCGGUUCACAUCCCUAUGAAAUGCUGCCACUGCUCUCUGGUGGUUUUCUGAAAGACUCCUGUGCCUGCCUUUGCUCAUCACUACUCCUGAAUGUCAGACAUGAAGACAAGAAAAAUGUCCUUUCACGUGAUUUUCCUUGAGGGAACCUUUUGCUUGGGUCAUCCUCCAUUACAGUUCUUUUUCAUGAGCAACACAAAUAAGAAGGCCUCAGAUAAUAUCCAGAAAAGAUUUCCUGGAGAUGUGUGGCAGAACAGGGUUGGAACCUGCCUUGUGCCAGGCAUCUCAUUUUUAAUGAUUAUUUAAAUAUGUCCAUUGUUUGUUUUUCCUGACAUAAAUGUGGAACUGCUUUAUUCCUGAAUGUCACUGGGGAGAUCAUCUGUCAUUGUUAAUUCUUGAUGGGUUUUUUUUCAAGCCAUAUGGAAAAGUUUCUCUGUAAAAUUACUUCUGUUUGCUGCUAUGUAGUAUGCCUUUAGAUGGAACAGUCAUCAGUGCAUGAAAGUUUUCAGUUAUUGAGACACAUAAAAGCUUUCACAGCCUCUGUAAGACCAGGUCAGAAUACCUGGUUCUUGUAUAGCUCUGGGGCUAGCAAAAAUCUGGUACUAGAAGUGUUUUUCACUUAACUGUCAAGGUUACAGAUUAUGUGAGCUGGAAAUUUGCAAAACUCUGAAAUUUGGUGAAAUUAAAAAGGGCAGAUUUUCCACAGAUGCAAUCAGUGUUUUGUGGCCCAGCUCUCAUUAAAUCAUAGAAUCACAGGCCAGCCUGGGUUGGAAUGGAUUUGCAGACCAUCUUGUUCCAAUCCCCCUGUCAUGGGCAGGGACACCUUCCACUAGACCAAGUUACUCAGAGCCCCCAUCCAGCCCAGCCUUGAGCACUUUCAGGGGUGGGGCAUCCACAGCUUCUCUGGGCAACCUGUUCCAAUGCCUCAAUAACCUCACAGGAAAGGAUUUUUUCCAAAUAUCUAAUCUAAACCUGCCUCUUUCAGUUUGAAGCCAUUCCCCCUUUUCAUGUUACUACAUGCCUUUGUAAAUAGUCUUUCACAGCUCUCUGGAAAUGUCUUGCUUACGGUUUUUAGUAAUAAAACUAGAGUAGAUUUCCAGCAUAGCCAGCCUGGGGUCAGAUGAGCCUUCAUGAUCAUGUGAUAGGUAGACAACUUUUGAAAGGAUUCAAAAGGUUUUGAAACACCAAUUGCUGAGUUUGGUGCACCUGAUCUGGAUAAGUGAUAAAAUUCUGGCUGUCUUCAGAAGCAUUGGUCAACAGAAAAGGGGAGUUUUGUGUGUGGGUAACUGUAAAAAGAUAAAGGAAAUGUGUUGUAGCAAAAUAUGAUAUCUGCAGUCACUAUAUACCUGCCCACAUCACUGGAGGCAGGAUUUGACCAUUAACCAUCCUGUUUCCAGUGUCAUGUCUAGAAGCAUAUUAGAAAACAUCUUUUCUUAUUAGGAUUGUUUCAUCAGACUCCUCACCAACAGGAACAGGCUUAAACAAAGUAAAAGGUGCUUGUAAAGGACCAUCCAGUGUUCUGAAGGGUACAAAGGUUUCUUGUUUCCCAGGGUGGAAAUCCUUCAGCCCUUUGUCUGUACUGAGCACCUUUGACUUGUCUCAGUACUGGCUCUUAGGACCAGUGUCAGCAGAAAGGAAGGAAUGGGAAGGAGAAGGGGAAGCAGCAGGGUGAAAGGGGCAAGCUGAGCAAGGGAAGCCCAAAGCUAGUGGAGGCAGGAGAGAGGAAGGCAAAAUACAAAAUAAAGCCAUGGAACCCACUAAUCAUUUGCAUAAUGUGGUCUCAUUUGUCACAGCUGUCUUUGAUGUCCGGCUGGUGUGUCCCUCUGGACAAGGACUGCAUCAUCUCUGUGUCCACGUGUGGGCUGCUCCCUUCUGGAAAGGAUUCAUAAAGUUGGUUAUUAGUGAUAAUAUCUCAUUGCUUCAAAAUUACUAUCCGCAACAUGUGGAUGUAUUUCUCACAGGAAUGUUGAAGAUGAAGCUUGCCAGGGUUGGAGGGGAAAUAUAGAGUACAGUGUUAUUAUUACUGUUGUUGCUCCAAGGUCUCUUGUGCAGACAAAGUUUUAUUCAGGUAAUUCAGAUCCCAUCAUUUCUAAACAUUUUUCCAUUCUUUGCAUGACAGAUAGCUACACCUCAGUGUGACCACAAUGGAUUGCUGUGUGUGCAGCAACUUUGCAAGAACCUGUGAAAGAUUUUGGUGAGAACAGCUUAGUAGUGCAAGAGCAACAUCAAGCUACAGAUUAAGAAUUGCUGUUUUCCUGUAUUGUACUAUAUGAUACUGAAAUAAAAUUCUCUUGAGAUGAAAAAGGGCCAAGCUUAUCUGAGCAUACUUCUCAAGGCCUGAGAGAAGGUUCAGUUUAGCCUAUGGCACUGGCCACCAAUUUGAAAACAGAUUGAAAUCCUCUAAACAAGAUAUUAUGCAAUGUGGGCUGACUGUGGUGGUAUUUAAUCAGUGUCUUCCUGACAGCUCACCUUUUACAGCAGUUUGGCUUAAUUUUCUGCUAAUGAUAAUAUGGGAAUCACCCAGAGCAUACACCUAGCUUGCCUCUCUGCUGACAGAAAAUGGCUUGAGAGAAGCAAAUGAUACAUGAUCAGCCAUAUACUACAUUUAGCAACAUUUUGAAGUCAGUGUAGGUAUUAGCU